AUGGGAGAUCUUUCUAGCAAUUGUACUACCUCCAUCAUGCACCUCCCGGACGAUUGCCUUACGAUUAUUUUCCAUGCUUUAGAUAGUCGGACUGAUCGUGAAUCAUUUGGCCUGACUUGCCGCCGAUGGCUUCACAUUCAAGAUUUCAACCGUCGGUCACUGCAAUUUGAGUGUUCAUUCACUGUAUUAACUCGUACCUCUCUAUCAGGAAAGAGUUUUGACAUCCAUACAUUCCAUCUCCAUAGAUUGCUGAGGCGCUUUCAACAUUUAGAGUCUUUAUCUCUAUGUGGUUGCAGGGAGUUGAGUGAUUCAGGACUGACACGUUUGCUAACUUAUGGUUCAAAUUUGCAAAAACUUUAUCUAGAUUGUUGUUUCAAAGUCACUGACUAUGGGCUCUCCCUGGUUGCUUCUGGAUGCCCCUCAUUGACGACAAUUAGUCUCUACCGGUGUCUCGGUGUUACUGAUAAGGGGCUAGAGACUUUAGCAAGUGCUUGCCUAUCUUUGAAAUGCGUGAACAUCUCAUAUUGCACACAAAUAUCAGACAAAGGAUUAAAAACUCUUACAGAGCAUUGUCGCCAGCUUCAGGCAGUCAACAUAUCGCACUGUGAUAGUAUAACCGGCAUCGGCUUUGGUGGCUGCUCAAAAACUCUAGCAUGUGUAGAGGCUGAGUCUUGCAAGCUUACCCCAGAAGGGGUCAUGGGAAUUGUUAGUGGUGGUGGCAUGGAAUAUCUAGAUGUGUCUUGUUUAAGUUGGUCUGUUCUGGGAGAUCCCUUGUCCGGAAUAGGAUUUUCCUCGCGCCUCAAAAUCCUUAACUUUCGGCUGUGCAGAACUGUUUCUGAUACUUCUGUUGUUGCAAUUGCAAAAGGAUGUCCUCUACUUGAAGAAUGGAACUUAGCAUUAUGCAAUGAGGUUAGGAUAUCUGGAUGGCAGGCCGUCGGGUUAUACUGCCGGAAUUUGAAGAGACUGCAUGUUAAUCGGUGCCACAAUCUCUCCGAUGGUGGCUUGCUGGCCUUACAGGAUGGGUGCAGAAGUCUCACCAUUUUGUACUUGAGUGGCUGUUCUCGCUUGACAUCUAUUGCAUUAGAGUUAUUCAAGUCUCACAGACCUGAUGUAUGCAUAAAGGAAGAAGAGGUAAUGUCUAUAAAGCCUAACUGGGAAUUCAGAUGAUACAAGAUACAUAUUUGUAAACUAUCUAGACAUUCCAACUAAGCUUUAAUCAGUUGUAUGAAAAAAUAUUUAUUUGUAUAAUUAUUCUAGAACCUAUGGUUGCUUCCAGUUAUAAAUUAUUUGGAUGCUAAGGAUGAACUUAA